AUGCUGCCUGGGCCCCCAGAGUUAGAGCACAGAUGCUGCCUGGGCCCCCAGAGUGAGAGCACAGAGGCUUUCUUAGCCCCCAGAGUUAGAACACAGAGGUUGCCUGGGCCCCCAGAGUUAGAACACAGAGGCUUCCUGGGCCCCCAGAGUUCUCUUGGGGAGGUGAAUGCAGGUCUCAGCACCACCCAGGUGGUGGUCAAGGAGCUGAAGGCCAGUGCCAGUGUCCAGGACCAGAUGCACUUCCUGGAAGAGGCACAGCCAUACCGUGCCCUCCAGAACCCAGCCCUCCUGCAGUGCCUGGCACAGUGCUCAGAGGUCACACCUUAUCUACUGGUCAUGGAGUUCUGUCCUCUGGGCGACCUGAAGAGUUACCUGCGCAGCUGUCGGGCGGCUGACUCCGUGACCCCUGAUCCCCUGACCCUCCAGCGAAUGGCGUGCGAGAUCGCCUCGGGCCUGCUGCACCUGCACAAACACAACUUCAUUCACAGUGACCUGGCCUUAAGGAACUGCCUUCUGACCUCAGAGAGGACAGUAAAGAUAGGAGACUAUGGCCUCUCACACAGCAGAUACAAGGAUGACUACUUUGUGACUCCAGACCAGAUCUGGGUGCCGCUGCGUUGGAUCGCCCCAGAGCUCAUAGACGAGGUGCAUGGUAACCUACUAGUGGUGGACCAGACUAAGGACAGCAACGUCUGGUCUCUGGGAGUGACUAUCUGGGAGUUGUUUGAGUUGGGGAACCAGCCGUACAGACACUACACUGACAGACAGGUCCUGACUUACGCUGUGAAGGAACAGCAGCUCAAACUAACCAGGCCCCGGCUCAAAGUACCCCUGGCUGAGCGCUGGUAUGAAGUGAUGCAGUUCUGCUGGCUGCAGCCAGAGCAGAGACCCAACAGUGAGGAGGUACACCUCCUCCUCACCUACCUGUGUGCCAAGGGGGCCAGUGGAGUCCAGGAGGACUUUGAACAGCGCUGGAACUCCCUGAGACCCAACCUGACUGGCAGCACCACCCACAGCCACACCGCCCCAGCGCCUCCACCACUAGCCCAGACUACUGUCCCUGCCCCAGCCCGACCAUCUAUCUCUGGGGAUGUGGAGUUGGAGCCGGCCUCCACCUCCCGCAACUCCUUCCCCCUCCUAGAACACUUCUCCCACGACAGCUUCCACUCAGACAGCGGUGACGACAUCCUGACCGUGACAGAGACCAGCUAUGGUGGGCUCAACUUCGAGUACAAGUGGGAGCAGGCGAGAGCCGAGCAGCCAUACUGUUCCUCAUCCACCAGCGGGCCUCUGGGCCAGGGCAACCCUCACUACCAGGACGUAUACUACCCCGUCGGGAACACCGCCACCUCGGGCAGCUGUAAAGGGGACGGAGUGGAUGGAGGGCUUGUUCUGGGGGUCUCCCCAUCCUACUACGAGUCCGACCACUCCGGAUCGGGGUCAGGGUCGGGGGUAGGGGUGGUGCCGGUGUUGAGCGCUCACAGCCCUUCGGUCGGCAGUGAGUACUACAUCCGUAUUGAGGAGCCGGUGGAGUGUAAUAUCAACCUGGAUGAUAGUGUGGUUGACUACAGCCCUGGGUUGGAGGCUGAGGAUGGCCUCUCCUCAGGGAGCAGAACCCCACAGCCCCAGUCCCAGUCCCAGCCCAGUGCCUACUGGUCAGCAGCAGCAGGCGACAGCAGUGGGGGUAAACACAGUACCCAUGACUCUGACAAUAGCCCGGCCUUGUCCCUGACCAUGGAGCCUCUCCUGAGACAGACAGCCAGCACAGCCAGUCCCGUGGAGCUGGGGCGAUCCCACCAGUACUUCUCACCCAAUCAGAGACAGGCUUUCUACUGUGAACAGUCGCCCAUUCGAGAGACGUGUUGCCAAUCACCAGAGGACACGCCCAUAAUGUCCCAGCUGAACCUGCAUCAUCCAAUGGGGAGGCUGGAAACCCUCUGGGGAACCCGGUGGGAACCCCGACCCGUGGACACCCUGGACAUGCUGUCGCUGUCAUUGUCGGUUACCAACGCCAGCCCCUGUGAGGCCUUCAGCCUUGAUGACGUCUUUCUCCAUCCCUCCUCCUCCCUCUCCUCCUCUUUCACCUCCUCUUCUUUCACCUCCUCAUCUCUCCUCCCCAAGUCCCUGGACAGUGGCUACGACACAGAGAACAAUGAAAGCCCAGAGUUCAUCCUAAAGGAGGGAGGUGGGAAUGGGGACUUCCUAUUGGACUGCGAAGGAAACCAGCAACAACACCCAGUCCUCGGUGGGAGCCACCUGGCCCGUGGUGGGGUUAGCCUGGGGCCGAGGUCGGACCAGAUGGUCCUUCAGCAGGUGGACCUGGGUGAUGGGGUUGGGGUCACUCUGUGUACCUCUUCCUCCUCUGGCUGCACUGAGCUGCAGCUAAAGGGACUAAGUGAUAAGAAUCUGUUCGUGACUCUGCCUACUUCUCUGACUACGACGCAGAGAACGAGAGGAGUCCCCAGGAUGAAGGGAGUAACUUCUUCUCCAGUCCAGGAGAUAAGAAGGACUUUUGGGGCACACAGCCUCGAAACAGAGGAUACGGUUGAUGGGGGGCUGUCUGGCCAAAGAGUCCACCCCUGUGAUGCUGUAGGCCUGGAGUCUGAGCACAGCGGCGAGGAGCCGGCAUCUGGGUGCAGCUCCACCAUGGUGUCUGAGGGUUCCUCCACAGUGCAGGAGGCUUCAGCCAGACACCCUGACCAGGAGAACCAUCACAGGGCCUCAGAGGAUGACUACUCCCCCAUCCAGUCCCUGGGCUCCGACUCUACCAUAGACUACAGAGAGGAGGUGCUGAAAGAGGAGGAGGACGGUGAGGGAGAGCAGGGAUCGACUGAGGAGGACAUGCCAGAGUUUAAUCAGGAGCUGUGUCGGGAGGUGGAGAGGCGAGCUCCUCUAACCGAGGGGGAGGAGUCAGACGACAGUGAGUCAGAGGAGGAGCUGCGGAGCUACAACCUGCAGGAGGAGCUGAGCGAAGAGGACAUCCUUCUCUGUGACGAGCUGGACAGGAAGAAGAAAGCCGUGUCCUUCUUUGAUGACGUCACCGUCUUCCUGUUCGACAGGAGAACAGGAGAGCUGGCUGACUUCACGUUUCCCCAGGAGCAGAGUCCAGCGGCCAGGCCUCAGGCGGGGAGAACCCCCAGCCGGACCUCCAUCCCCACCCCACCAUGGUUCACCACCACCAGCCCACCAUGGGCCACCACCUCCACCCCGGCAGAGCACCACACCCUCCCAGAGGACUCUGAUGGCAACAUGUCAGAAGAAGGUGGUGGGUUUGAGUGGGAGGAUGACAUCCCAUUGAUGACAAGCCCGUUGUCCAGCCCGUCUACAGCUGAGCCACCGGUCUCUGAUCUCAUCCCGGUCCCUGCAGCCAAGCCUCCCGAGGACAAGCCUCCCGAGGACAAGCCUCCCGAGGACAAGCCUCCCGAGGACAAGCCUCCCGAGGACAAGCCUCCCGAGGACAAGCCUCCCGAGGACAAGCCUCCCGAGGACAAGCCUCCCGAGGACAAGCCUCCCGAGGACAAGCCGGUAGCAGUAACAGCAGCAUCACAGUUCUCCCGCUUCAGCGUGUCCCGCUCCCGCUUCUCCAUCACACACGUCCCCAAUCCAGACCUGAACUCUGGAGGUCAGUCCUGGUGAACACUCCCCUGGUACUGUAGUAGUCACUAGUGUCCUGUUGAAC